AUGGCCACGGCUGUGUUUUUUUCAGUGGUGAGUAGGUCUGCCACCGAAGAUCCCUCCCGCAGCGUCAGGUUGGCCGGCUUCCGCGACUCGUGGCAGAGCAGCUUGCCAUGCAGCCCAGUCCUUCUGCAGGGUCCUUACUUAAUCUGGAUCCCACGAAAAACAGGAAAAUAUGACUCGAUCUGUGUCCCAGGCUUUGAUCCAUGCAUCUACAUGAUGACUGGAAUCACCGCCAUUAACCCAAUGAUACCAGGCCUUGAACUGGUACGUCCCCCACCACCAACAGAAGUGGCUAUUGUCAAAGAAAUAAUCCACUGCAAAAGCUAUACUCUUUUUCCUCAAAAUCCAAGUCUUCCACCUCCUUCCACAAGAGAACAACCUCCUCGGUGUAAGACUGUAUUUGUGGGAGGAUUACCAGAAAAUGCUACUGAAGAAAUUAUUCAAGAAGUCUUUGAACAGUGCAGUGAUUUUACAGCAAUUCGGAAGAGCAAGAAGAAUUUUUGUCACAUUCGCUUUGCAGAGGAAUUCAUGGUUGAUAAAGCCAUUUACCUUUCUGGUUACAGGAUGUGAUUAGCUAGCACCAACAGAAAGGAUUCAGGCUACCUUCAUGUGGACUUUGCUCAGGCCAGAGAUGACUUCUAUGAGUGGGAAUGCAAGCAGAGGAUGCGUGCCAGGGAGGAGCAGCACCGGGGCAAGCUGGAGGAGGACCGACUCCGGCCCCCCGCCCCGCCCACCGUAAUGCAUUACUUGGAGCACGAAGCCGCUCUGCUGGCAGCAAAGCUGAAAGAUGAUAGCAAGUUUUCAGAAGCUAUCACAUUUGUGUUAAGAGGUUGUCUGUUGAAUUGUGUUCGCAGCCGCCGCCGCGCCGCCGUCGCUCUCCAACGCCAGCGCCGCCUCUUGCUCGCCGAGCUCCAGCCGAAGGAGAAGGGGGGUAAGUAA